UUGCAGGUAUGGUUACAAAAGUAUGGCUACCUUCCACCAACUGACCCCCGAAUGUCGGUGUUGCGCUCUGCAGAAACCAUGCAAUCAGCUAUAGCUGCCAUGCAGCAGUUCUAUGGCAUUAAUAUGACAGGAAAAGUGGACAGGAACACAAUUGACUGGAUGAAGAAACCUCGAUGUGGUGUGCCUGACCAAACGAGAGGUAGCUCCAAAUUUAACAUUCGUCGGAAACGCUACGCGUUAACAGGACAGAAAUGGCAACACAAACAUAUCACUUACAGCAUAAAGAACGUCACUCCAAAAGUAGGUGAUGCUGAAACUCGUAAAGCCAUUCGCCGUGCCUUCGAUGUGUGGCAGAAUGUAACUCCUCUAACAUUUGAAGAAGUUCCUUACAUUGAAUUAGAAAAUGGCAAGAGAGACGUGGAUAUUACUAUCAUUUUUGCAUCAGGUUUUCAUGGAGACAGUUCUCCCUUUGAUGGGGAGGGAGGAUUUUUAGCUCAUGCAUAUUUUCCUGGCCCAGGAAUUGGGGGAGACACUCAUUUUCAUUUCGACUCAGACGAGCCAUGGACCUUGGGAAAUCCCAAUCAUGAUGGAAACGAUCUCUUUCUAGUAGCAGUGCAUGAACUUGGACAUGCUCUGGGCUUGGAGCACUCUAAUGAUCCCACUGCAAUCAUGGCUCCAUUUUACCAAUAUAUGGAAACUGACAACUUCAAACUACCUAAUGACGAUUUACAGGGCAUCCAGAAGAUAUACGGUCCACCUGACAGGAUACCACCACCAACAAGACCUCUGCCAACAGUGCCCCCACAUCGCUCAGUCCCUCCAGCAGACCCACGAAAGAAUGACAGGCAACCCAAACCUCCCCGGCCACCCACUGGUGACAAACCUUCCUAUCCCGGAGCCAAGCCCAACAUCUGUGAUGGGAACUUCAACACUCUGGCUAUUCUUCGCCGGGAAAUGUUUGUUUUUAAGGAUCAGUGGUUUUGGCGAGUCAGAAACAACAGGGUGAUGGAUGGAUACCCCAUGCAGAUUACCUACUUCUGGAGGGGACUGCCUCCCAGCAUUGAUGCAGUUUAUGAAAACAGUGAGGGGAAUUUCGUCUUCUUCAAAGGUAACAAGUUCUGGGUUUUCAAGGACACCACUCUCCAGCCAGGUUAUCCUCAUGAUUUGAUAACACUUGGAAGUGGAAUUCCUUCCCACGGCAUUGAUUCAGCAAUUUGGUGGGAAGAUGUUGGAAAAACCUACUUCUUCAAAGGAGAUAGGUACUGGAGGUACAGUGAAGAAAUGAGAUCCAUGGACCCUGGUUAUCCCAAACCAAUCACAAUUUGGAAAGGUAUCCCAGAAUCUCCACAGGGAGCCUUUGUCCACAAAGAAAAUGGCUUCACAUACUUCUACAAAGGAAAAGAAUACUGGAAAUUCAAUAACCAGAUGCUCAAGGUGGAACCUGGCUACCCCAGAUCCAUCCUCAAGGAUUUUAUGGGUUGUGAUGGACCAAAAGAUCGAGAUAAAGACCGACACAGCCCUCAAGAUGAUGUUGACAUUGUCAUCAAACUGGACAACACAGCCAGCACUGUGAAAGCCAUAGCCAUCGUCAUUCCCUGCAUCCUGGCCUUGUGCCUCCUUGUCUUGGUUUACACUGUGUUCCAGUUCAAAAGGAAAGGAACACCCCGCCACAUACUGUACUGCAAACGCUCUAUGCAAGAGUGGGUGUGAUGUAGGGUUUUGGUUUUUUUUCUUUCCCUCCCAGGAGUUUGUGGUAACUUGAGAUUCAACACAAGAGCUGUUAUGCAGUUUCCUAGCUAGGAGCGGGCAUCUGUCAGUCUGAAACAAAGCUGAUCUUUAAAACCCAGGGGGUUGCCUGUCCUGCCAUGAGUGGUGAUUCACUCGGCUGGGAAGCUUCCAUGAUACACAGUAUCUGCUGUUUCUUCAGUCCUUUGUCUUUCUUUGUCAUUCAAUUCUAGGCCUUCCCUCUGCACGCUCAAUGCCCUAUAAACUAUCAGGAUUAACUAACGAAGAGGAAUAAAAAUAUCUCCAAUGUUUCUACAUUUUUCCCUUAAGGCCUGUUCCCCUUCGAAAAAUUUUUUUGGUGAAAGUAAAUUUUUUUAGAGAAACACAACAACCAACAAUGGAACUUUCAGGAAAGUGAGAAGACCCAAAACAGCUUUGUCUCCAAAGAGGAUUGCUUUCUGUCUGCUACGGAUAAAGUCCUAAACUCCUACUUCCAGUUUUGUCAGGUGGGAGACUCGGAUGACACGCAGGACUUCAGACUGUUCGGACAGCCAUUUUCCAACAAACAAGGGGCCAAAAUAUCUGCAAUAUAGUAACAGCCUUAAUACAUUCAUUUUGUGUUUUUUACAGCUGCUCUGGGCUAUGUCCUCAAUGUUUUAAACUCAUACUCAAUACUUUAUUCAAGCAGAACCUUUUUAUUGGUUUGUUUGAUUUCUGGUUGGUUUUCCUACAUUAUCUUUCCCAAGCUGUACCAAGCCAACUACCCCAGGCCUUUUAUAGGUCUGUCAGGAGCACUCAUUCCAAAGAAUGGUAAAAAGCAGUGUGUCUCCGAAGUGGAUUUCAAUGAACUAAAACAACAGACAUGCUAUUGAGAAACUUGACACUGGUAUUCUAUUGGUGGUGUAACCCUUUGAGAACUAUUGCAUCCAGUUUUCAGAGUCUGGUGGAUGUUAAUCUUGGUCAUCAUUAAAUUAUAGAAUUGUGUUUGGGUAAUACAGGUUUCAAAAGAAAAUCAGUUUUUCAAAACGGAUUUAUUGUGACUUCAUUUUUAAUUAUUUGCAUUAUUGAUAGAAAAACAUUUGUAACAUGAAUAGAAAAAAAUAUAUAUAUUUACCAGCUAAUUUCUUGUUAAACCAAAUGUAUUUUAAUAAUUUCUACCACUUAUCAAGAAUUUUUCUGAGCUGGCAACAAUUUUAUAGCUUAGUCUCUUAUCUUAAGCAUCUUGGAUUUCUCUCUUGUUGCAUGACAAUUCCAUUUGCCUCUGCAGAGGUAGAGUUACAGUUUCAAAGGAAAGCUAAGAAGAUGACUCUGAUAGUGCAUGAGUAUCCUCUGAUGUGUUACCCUUUUGCAUGUUCAUCAUAGUUCUCAAAGGGUUAAAAUUUCUGGCCUUCAGUAAAACAUGGUAUCAACUGACAGAGCCAAGGGACCACCAAAACAUUUUGUCAUUCUGUGUAAUUUGUGCUAACAGCAUUAUUGUCAUUUUCAUGUGACCUGCAGAGCAGGUUUGUAUCAAUAAUUUUUUCCUAGAGAAAAGUCAGCAACUGACAGACCUCUUUAUUGAUUUUAGGAGCUGCUUCUUGCAGUGAUAGGCUUUACAGUCACUGGGCUGUGAACUUAUUAAAGAUGGUCAGAAUGAUGCACCCCAAAAGUCAGACACCUGGUUUUUUAUGAAAGCCAGGUUUUGAGGGGAGUAGCUUUUGCAACAAUGAACAGCUUGCCUUGAACUUGAUUAUUGACCUGUUGACUGUCAUUACCAAGUUAAACAUUGUCUUCUGUGAACAGCUUCACUGUCUGAAUUUCCUUAAAGUGUACUGUCCUAUGUCUUUGACCUUUAACUUGCAAACUGGCACAAACUGAAGGGAAUCUGGUGUUGCAAAUGAACUAAGAUGAGUUUUAUUUCUUGAAAGGCCUGAUAGACAUGAUCCAAAAUCUGAGAAAAAGAAAUUGAAGUGUUUUAGUUGGAGAGAAAUGACAUAGACUAAAAUAUUUAUGAUAUAGGUCUGUAGAAAGGUAUUUUGCUAUGUAUACAUGCACACUCUAAAAAUGAAUUACAGCAGAAGUUAAUUUUUAUUUAACUUGAAUACAAUUUUCAGUAUAAAAUUAUUAUUUCUACAAAUAUCUAGUUAUUAAUUAAAAGGUUAUAGGAAAGUAUUAAAAUACUUGAAAUGGCCAGUAUGGGCUUUUACAUAAAAUGAGACUUUUAUACUAUGUUCAACCAAUUUCUUACUGGUUUCUUAAUCCACAUAACUGGAUCAUUUUUUAGAGAGUGUAGGUAUAUAUGCAUAUAUAAUAUGAUUAUUAUUGUUUUGGUAAUGGAUAGCUUGACUGCCUUGAAUUUAUAUUUAUAUUGAGCAUAGCAUGAAAAAUAGUAUGCCUUUUUUCAAUUACAUGAUUUUAUAUUGAUUUGAGGACUUAUGAACAUAUGUGGCAUGCUAUAAAGCAUUGCAGACUUAUUUCUUAGAGCAUAAACAGAUAUACAUAUGUAUGGUUAACAAAAAUGAAGAUUAGAAAAAGAUAUAGUUUUACAACAAAUAUGCAAUGAAGAUGGCAUUUUGGAGAUGUUUUGUAGAAGUACUGCAUACUGUAGGUUAGAAGCGCACCGGUAUCAGCCCAUAGCAUUAUUUAGUAAAUCCAAGUCAGUUGUUGCUAAAAACAUAGACUUAUUGACAGUUUAGUUACACAGGAUUUUUACUGCUGAUCAGCUCAUUUGGUGAAUUUGAAAUUCUGUGCUGUUUGUCAUAUGUAUUUAAGGUGUGUGUGUUUGUAUACCUGUAAAAGCACACAAACACACACAUACACAGACAUGCACAUUUUAAUCCAUUGAGAAAUUUUUAUUGUCAACAAACUGCUAUAACUUUUGUUCUGCUAUAGACAGGACAAAAUGGUUGAUGUUGCUGUUCCAGUUUUUUUCCCCUUGCAUAGUUGGAGGAAAAUACUGAAAGAACUACUUACUCUGUAUUUACUUUUCCUCUACAAUAGGAGAAUUUUUUAUUAUUUUUUUAAGUCAGAACAACAUCUCAUCAGUUUUUUUAUUCACUUGAAAAUUUCAUUUCAAUUUUGAAAUAUCUUUCAUGGCAGCUUUAACUUUUUCUGCAACUUUUUCCCUGACGGUAAUGAAGUGCUAAGCAUGUUGACUGUUGUUCUUUGAUAAGGUAACAAAAAUAUUUGUGUUUGGAGAAUUUAACUGUAAUUAUUCAGGAAGGUAAGUGUGAUAAUUCUAGUGCUUGGUAUAUGGUACAUCAUAGAUACAUGAAUACAUGAUAAGUUGAUUGUUGAAUCUAUUUUCUUUUACUUAAAAGUGCAUAUAUGCUAUAUACAGAGAGAGGGAGAAAAAAAAAAUUAUAUUGGCAUGUUUAUGUCAUGCAAACCGAGAUUGUGUCAAGUUUUCUGUUACAUACUCACAUUUUCAGUAGGUUGUAAUGCAGUCAUAAAGGUUUGCUUUAAGUAAAAGAUGUAGGAGCAUUCGUGUUCACUGUAAUUUCCAAAUACAUACUGGCUAGUUUCAAAUUAUAGAAUUUCAGAGUGAAUUAGUGAUGUUGCCUGAUCAAAUUUUGAACUCAAAUUAGUACAAGUUCUAAGACAACUUUAUUUUUUUGAAUAGUUGUUUCUCUACAAGGGCCUAUAACUAUCAGAAUUAAGAAAAAGCAAACUAAAAAUAUUUUCAGUUCUGCAAUCUGGGUUCCUGCUCAUGUGCCGUAAUUUUUUAAUAAACAUUUCCAUAUUGCUAUUGUCAUGAUCUGUACUUUGGAACAAUACAAAACUGAAUAUGUGUUGUGUUAAUCAGCUACAGUCUAUCAAGCUGACUACACAAGGUUGUGUAGCUUCAGGGUACUAUGGUCUGUAUGAUGCAGAAGGCCAGAGUAGAUUAUGACAGUGUGUCCUUUGGCCAUUCAGUAUCUAAACCUAUGGAAAGGUUAUUGACUGUAGACAAAAUUAAUUUUUAUCAAAAAAAAAAAUUCAAAAUAUGUAACUGUAUAUUUACUGAAUAGGCUGGGAUGGAGAGACUCAAAUGGCUCCAAAGGAGCCCUUUCAAGUCUCCUGAAUAAAUGUAAUACAUAUUUUAUAUAUUCUUAUGAACUUUUGUUCUUUUUCUUCUUUCAAAGUGGGAAGAGGGAGGGGAUAAUUAAAGAAAAAGAUUUUUUAAGGCUAAUUUUGUGAAUUAAAAUAACAUAAGGUAAUAGAUCCAAACAUAAGGGGCAGACUUACACUUUUUCUUUGAAGAAUACUUCACAUCCCCAGUUGCUUGAUCAAGACUCCUGUGCCAAUAGCACUGUGGGUUAAGAACAGAGUGUAAGGCUUAAUUUUUGAAUUUUCAACUUUUUUGGGGGUCUUACUUAACAAUCUAAAUGUCAGUUAAAUGUAGCUUUUGGUACCAAAUUAUAAUCUAAUUCUAGCUUGUUGGUUAGAAAAAAGUGCAUAGUCUAGGAAGUUGGUCUGCCUAUUAACAAUGGAAGCAUUACAUUUUUUUCUUUAUUUUUUUUUUUGUAGCAUUUGAACCAUUGUUAGGACAAAUCUCAAAACACACACAUAGUAAACUGAACAGUGAACGUUCCAAGCACUGGAUUUUUAAGGAAGUAGAAGUGCAAGCUACCAUACCAUUAGCAGCCUACUUUGGAAACAGCAUGAGAUGACUGGGCAGAGGAGCAAGGAUGUGACUGCAGGGGCUUACUCUGUCCUGGCUCCCAUAUCUCCUUACAACAUGGCAAAGGUUUUAUCACCUACUGCAGAGAUGAAGGAAGCCAUGCACCAUGGCAGUGGGAGAUGUGAAGCAGCCAUUACAGAGCAAUAGCUCCCAGUUUGCCUUUUGUUGUUGUCAAGACUGUCUCUGGACACCUCUGUUUCCAGAAGUAGAAAUAGAUGACUGCAGGUCUAUGAGAUAUAAAGGAAAUUACUAUCAGCAGAGGAGACAGAUGUCACUGGCCACUGAGGUGUCCAGCUAUGAUGUAAAUCAAAUAAUAUUGUCUGGAAGCUGGGGAACAGAUAACCUGUUAUUCAAUACAAUGGUAUCGUUGUGAUACCCCAGCACAGGAAUGCUAGGCAUACUUCCUUAGCUCCUACUACACAGACUGCAGACAGAGUGGUUCUCAUGAGAUAAGACCAUUUAAACAUAUGUCAGUUACAAAAUUGGGUGUAAAUGAACCAUGUGCUCAUAAAAUUAAUCUCUGAUAUAUGCAUGUAAUUCAAUGAAUUGUCUGCCACUAGUCUCAAGAAAUAUAUGUAAUGUGUGAGUCAAAUCUGUCUAAGCCAUUCUUAUGACUUGCCAUCUGAGAUGUCAGAGGCUGAUGGAGAAAGACAUUGUCAUCAGUGCUGAAAAUGUCUGGUAAACAUCAAAAGCAUGCCAUCACUUGUUGCAAACUGGCUCCAUUUGAGGCUUGAUCUAAGGUAGCCUCUAAUGUUAGGCAGCACAGAUUCUGUAUGAUGUGGAAUUAUUCGAUACAUUUAUGUAAGUAGGAAUGGUCAAUAAUAUCCAGAAGAUUAUUUUGAGGGGUCAUCAGUGUGUGAGCACAGCAAGCAUCUGUUGCUAAAGUCAAAAUGUAUUUCAAAGAAGGAUGUAGGCAGUAUUAAACACAUGCAUUAUAAACAGAUCUUUUUUCCCAGUGUACAUAAGCUUUAGCAUAUCAUCUACAAAUCAUGGUCAGUUAAUUAACAUUUGGAAUGGCAGCUGCCCAUUUUGUCUUUGAAAGAGGAUAUUCUCUGAGUGGUGUCCAUAAGGUAUGUUUACUUUGUGGGGAUGGCCUUAAAUAUUGCUCUGGUCUAGUAACAGUAUAGAGGAAAUAAAUUUUAGAUGCAGAGAAGACAUAAAUGAAGAAAGGCUGAUGUAAACUAGAAUGCUAAAGACAGAUUUCUAUACUUGGAUGUGUGUUCAGCAUAGUCAUUUACAAGACUUGCUGUCACAGUAAAACUUCAUAAACAAUAAUCAUUGCACAUGCCAGCCACUUAUGAUGGCAUGAAACUUUCCAGUCACACAGCUUAGUUUCUUCUGCUUCUGUAGAAUACCAUUGUCCACAGAUUAUUAUUAUUAUUAUUAUUAUUAUAGCCACCACAUAAACCAAGGUUUUCUCUUUAGUUAAUAGUAAUUUCUACUGUAUGAAAUUGAAUCAUGUCCUUUUUAUAACUACAACCUUAAUCUUCUUGGAGCAGCAUAUCUUUAUUCAUAGCCUUUCGUGAUUUUUUUUUUUUUCUCUUUUACUCUUGCAGUAAAGUAUAUACUGAAUAUUGUCUCCAUCCUGUGCAAUAAUCCCAUUCAUUCUGAACAUGCCAUGCAUGUGUCUUGGAUAAUCCAUUUACCAAUCCAUCAUUUCAGGAACUGGCUUUCUGUGAACUGGGAUUUGUAACAGAGUGCUGGCAUAAAAUAACUUCCUAAAGUACCUGAUUAGUCCUUAACAAUAUAACAAUGGAGUUUGAAGAGUAUUUAGUGAAGUAUUGUGUUACUUACAUGCUGGCAACAGAACAGUGUAACUCUGCCAAUCAGUGAAUGUCCAUUUCACCACAAGCAGGGUUGUGUGUUGAGUCCUAAAAUAAUGUUUCUGAUUCAUAUUUCCAUCCUGAUGUGUUGGCAUUUACCACCCAGUUUUCAUACGCAUUCAUAGCUUACAUGGCUGUGCAUAAAUUCAUCUGCCUUAUUGAAGCCAAGAGUACUUAAUGUCAGCAGGUAAUCCAUGUUUAUAAGGUAUAAAAGAUUUGGUUCCCUUACUAUCAUUUUUGCAACCUUAAAGAAGAGAAAAUCGGUUUUUCCAUAGUAUCCCUUUUUCCAUCACUUUCCAAAAUGAUGAUUUCUAAUACUCUUUGUCAGUGUUUAAAAUUAGAUUAUAUAAAAUAGAUCUCAAAAAGUACAGGUUUACAACUGAUAUAUUGCAGAUAAAUGCACAGCCCCAUUUGGACAUACAAUGAUUCUAAAAAGAGAAGAAGAUACUGUAUAUGCUAUGCUUGGCCAUUGCCACAAAUUUGCCAGUGCUCACAUAGUGAUCACCUUCAUAUCUUAUGGGAACACUGCGUUGAAGUCAACUCUGAGCAGUUUGUCUGCUUGGAUAUAAGUAGAAUUCUGUAAUUUAGGAAAUAAUACAUGUGAUGACAUGCAUUCAGAAGACAUUAUCAGCAACCUAUAGCACUGUUUUAAAUGACCAUGACAACUACAAUUCAUACCUGCAAGGCAUCUUAUAUGUACAUGGCUGUGUUUUACCUCAUAUGAUAAAGUGCUAUGAAUUCUGACCAUGUAUCACCAGGCAGAUGAAAACAGCCAAAAAGACCUUUCAGAAUAGCCAUUGUCAAUACUCACUGCUUAUGGAAAUAACUGACAUUGUUAUACUCAAGGAAAUUUAACCUUGAAUAGGAAUCCAGAAUUGAAGGAAUGUGUGAUGAUGAAAAUACACUAUUCCCAACUGUUACUCUGUGUAAUGAAAUAGGUAAAGCAUUGUCAUAUACAUACAUAUAUAUAUACAUAUAUAUGUAUGUGUGUAUAUACAUGACAUCUAUCUUGACUGUGUUUUCAAAACAUGCAGAUAUCGCUUGUCAAAUCACAGUAUUGUCUUACUGUGUCUGGUUGAAAAUCAUUUUACAGGAUAGAUCAAGGUUCAUGAUCCUCCCUUUUCACCAUCCCAGACACGCGUACUGAUAGCAACACUUGGAUCACAGUGAUGACAAACACAGUUUUAAAUCAACACCCUGAUAAAGUCUUUCUCAGAAGAAAUUUAAACUAGCCAUGAACUUUCUUUCCACAACUUCUAGGACCCACAGGUCUUUUGGUCAAAGCCUACAAACAGACACGAGAGAAGCAGCAUAAGAACAUUCCCAUUUCCGAUUACCAAAAGAAAAUAGGAAAAGGAAUUAAAACAUUGUGACAUAUAAGUGCAAGUACAACACAAAUUUGUCAAAAAGAGAUGGAGACACGGAUCACUAACACCACUAAAAUUUAAUGUAAUCAACAGUAAAGGAGAUAUUACCAUGAACUUGGUGAUAGCUUGGAAAGUAUUACUGGCCUCCAACAACAAAGAUAUGUUAGGCUGUAGAAAGUUUAUUGAAUUCUUAACUCAUAACCCACCAGAUAGCAGCCAGUCAAAAAGCUUCUCAGUAUAGUUGCUUAAAACCUGACUGCAAAUAUAGUACAUUAUUUAUCUGGUGCAAUCAAAAUAUUUUGAGAUAGAUUCAGUCAAACUAAUAUUAACCUUAUCACAGUUCAAAAACUGGUCACAGUGAAAUGUCCUUCUAUUUGUUCUGAGGAAUUUGAUCCAAGUAGGUUUGAAGAACUCCACUUAAUAAAAUACUAAAGGACAAGGAAGUCUUUAAUCUCUAGAAGUCUAUAACAGCCAUGUAUCUUUAUUUCCAUGAUAGUCCUGAAGUGUUUGAUAUGACAUCGAUAAAUACUUUUAUGGCCAUUGAAUGGAUCAUCUAUUUCUAUUGCUAUAUGUAAAUUGAUAAAUACAGUCAAACUUCUGAUUCCCCUCCAUCCCUUUUCUCAUUGCACCUUGACAAGUUUCCCAACUAAUUAAGGCAAUAUUUAAUUUUACAUUCUCUUGGUAGGCAAGUGAGAAUGAUCUGUUCAUUACACAAAUAAGCAAAAACAAUUCUGUUGUCUAUCUCAUUUUAGUCAUAUACAACUUUUUAUAGUUUGUCACUAGGAAUUGCAGCUUUUUGUGUUUAGAAUGAAAAGGUAGUACCUUCUCAAAUGUCCUGCAAAUAUUUGAGGAACUUGAUGUAUGUCUUUCACUGAAUCUUGUUCAUUGUCCAGUACUCCAACUGAGCUUCUGAGCUCCAACUUACAGCAGAUUAUUGAAGCUUUUGCCAUCCAUUGACAUUGCCAUCGUUAUGGCAUACUUUUCUUAUCCUUUUCUUUUAUGAAAAAGGCAUGGUACAGCCGAGGUUGAUCAUAAUGGAUUCUUUAUUUGCAUCUUGGAACUACUUGACUUGUCAGAUGUACAGUGGUAUAACAGCAGAGACCUACCUUUUUUGAUGCCAGUCACUGCAUACCAGUUGUGUGCAUGGCUUAUGACAUCUCUGAAAGGUAAACAGACUACAAAUCUGCAUUUCAACAGUCUGUGCUAUUUUCAGUGGUUCCAGUUCUCAUCUUUAACUUGUUUUCUUUCUCCUUUGCAUUCUGAUGCCUAUCAUCUGUGUCAUGGAUAUUCAGACAAGAAUUUUAUGGCUUGACUUUUUCCUGCAUCACAAGUCAGUUCGUACACAUACAUCAAUUACCAUUACCUUACUGCUGUAGCAUAAUAGGUCAACACUGUUGCAUGGCAGAAUGCUUUGCUAUUAUGCACUGUUUUCCAAUUUAUCCUAAUUUUUCAGUAUCACAUAUAAGGAUCUCUCUCUGUCAUCUGCUACUGUAGUCUUGGAUUCAUUGCCCAGUUCAGACACAGCUUGUAGAGAAAAGUGCAGGUGUUUGACUUCUGAGGUUUGCAUUAUAUUAUAGGUGUUCCUAUAUGAUCAAAAACUGUUUGAGGGAUGCAAUGUCUUCUCCUUGCCAGUCCUGUGGUAGUAUUGUUAGCAGUUAAAGCAUGUGCAGCUGGUUUUGUCGGUCUGUAGUCAACUAGAGUUUGAUAUGGAUAUAUACAAGAAGGGUACGUUAUUUUCCAAGCUUCAUACACAUCCUUGUUUCUCUUUCUGAAUAACAUGCACCUUGGGUUGUCUCCAGGUGCUGUAUUCUUGUAUCUAUCAGAAUUUGAUUUCUUCCUUUGUUCUGCUUGUUGAGUGUUAUUUUAGCAGCUGAUUCCAUUUUCCUUCUUGUUGACAUUCCUGUAAUCCCUGUAAUUCCAACAGAAAUUGUUCUGCUUCCAGUAUGUUAGCUAGAACCUGCUACAAUUGUGGUUCUGCCCACACAGUGAUUUUCUUAUUUGUCCUCCAUGUUUGAGAAAGAGGAAAUCAACCUUUCAUGCAGAGACAAGGGUGUUAGUGCAGUUGAUAUGAUAUCUCUGAAAGUGCUUUUAUGCAUAACAUGACCCUAAAACUCGCAUAUUGUUAAACAUUAACUCUUCAAGGUCUUACCUUCAACCACCCAACAGUUGUUCAUUUAAUUUUCAAAACCUGACAAAUAUGUCAGAAUAUGGAUGUGAUGAUUUCUCUUGUGUGAAACAAAUUUCUCAUUUUUAUUCCCUUUUCUCUGCAUAGCUUCAUAUUCAUUUCAUGCCCAUGUUCCGCUUAUUAGGAUGUGUGUUAGCAUCAAAAUAACUGGAGCAUUUAUUUGCUUUCUGCGACUGAAUUUCAUUUUAUUAUUGUUAUUUUAUUUUAUUUUAUUUUAUUGGCUCACACAGCAUUCUAUACAGUAACCUUUUUAUAACUGACAUAUGUUAUUCCUUCAGGUAGCUUCUACUGACAAACACAAAGCUUGUUUGUGUGCAAAUGCAAGGCUGACUAAAUGGUGCUAAAGUGUAUUAUGACUGUCAGAUAUAAUCAGGCAAAAUUUUGUGGUGCUUAGACUGAUUUUUUUCAUUGAUUUUAUUGAUCAAUGCAUUGAACAGUGUUUUAUUAUACACAAGUAGUCUUUUGUUAGUAAAUCAAGACCUCAUAGUGCAUUGUUAAACUAAAUGGGUUAAUUAAUCUAUGUAACAGCUCACCAAGCUAAUCUCUUUAACUCCUUAUACUGUUGUGUCAUUAAAGGUCAAGGGGUCAUGAUAAUCUCAUUGCUGUAGACCAUUAACAUGACUGAACAUUUUCAACAAAGUACUUAUGUUUACAAUGCUAUAACCCUUUGACUGCUGCGGCAACCUUUAACCACCGAACGUCACACGCUAGAAUCAUCAUUAUGGUUCUUGCCAUGGCAAUCAAAGAGUUAAGGGCUGUGCAGUGAUUUGUUUUAUAUUUAUUAAUUUAUAUUUAUUUUUUGUUUUCAUUUGAGAAGGGGGGAAUUGGGGUGGGGCAGUUCUUGUCUGCUGUAAGUGUCUUAACAAAGGGAAGGGUUAAAAUGGCUUUUUAUACUAUUGCAUCUUAUGUACUUACCAUCGUUUCAUUGUGUUGUAAUUAAAAAAAAAAAAUCUGUCAAUAAAUAAGAGAACAGAAAAAAAUUUUCACAAA